AUGCAUCGACUUUUUGCUGAGCUGGAGCCAUCUGUAACCGUCACCGAGCAAAACCUGGCAGACCGAGUUCGGUAUAUCUUGCGCUCAAAUACAUUUGAUGUCACCGAACUCGAACGGCUACGACGUGAGGCUGUUCCUUCAUCGGGUGAAAAUGCUGCCGCUGAGAAUGCGGCACCACAACUUGCUGAGCAAACGGCAAAUGUGGAUGCCGUGAAUACGCCAGUUGUGGUUGAUUCAAACGAUGAUGGAACAGUUGCCCAGUAA